AAAAGUUUGGAGGAAUUGUAUCAGAUGGUGCCGCCAAUAUGAAAUUAGCAAAAAAUCUUGUUAAUAAAAAAUAUCCACAUAUACUUCCAGUUCGUUCUGGAGAAUUACUUCGAGAAUUACAACAUGAAUUUUCAAUUACUAGUGGUGGAAUUCAAACUUUA